AUGCAGAAGUCAAACAGAGCGUAUCUUCCUAGCGCGGCGGCGACAGCGUUUCUUGCUCUUCUCUUCAUCAUCUGUCUAUCUGAAGGUGCUUCAGGGUCCUGCCUAAGCUACGGCCACUCUUGUUGGGGAGCACAUGGCAAACGAUCCGGAAAACCACCAGCGUCCGCUCCGGAUUGGUUCAUCACAAAAAUGCUCCGACAAAUAGCCGCUAACAAUGACUUGAAUCAAGGCAAACACUUUGAAACAAAGAAAGACGAUUCGGACGACAUCUUUCGGGUGGUUGUCGACGAUACGCCUGCUGACGUCCACAGACUUGAGCGAGAAAGUGAAGAAGGAGCAGUCGAUUUCGCGUCAAAAUUGCCAGAAGCCAAACCCAUGCUCGACGACGAUAUACUUUCAAAGAUGAAACUGUGGCAGAUUAUGCGAGUCGCCUCACAGAACCAGUAA